AAAAAGUGGGUCGGAUAAGUGGGUUUGUAAAAGAGAUACUUUAACGAGUUUCACCGACCCGACUCACGGAGUUUCAUGUACACCGCGAUCGCUCUCUCCCCUCUCCACAGUUGGAGCCGCCACCGGGCACCACCGUCCGCGAUUUCAAGUCCCCCCUCGUACGAAGGGUAUCGCACAAGGAAUAGAUAUGGCUCCUCUAAAAUCAGUUAAGGACAAUGAUGAUGAUUUUUCCAAUCGAAGGAUGACCCGGUCAGCCUUCAAACAGGCUUCUGGGUCCCCGGAAAAUGACCCACAACAGAAGAAAUUGGGGUUUUCCAAACAGAAACAAGAGGGGUUGUCGAAGAAACCGAGGUUGUCAAAGAAACCGAGGUUGUCCAAGACUCAUGAUAAACAGCAGGAGCAGCAGCAGCAGCACAGGGAUGGAAAAGAUGUGAAAGAGUUGAGGAGGAAGACGUUAACGGAUGAAGCCCUACGCGAGCGACACAAAGAGUUUGAAAGCUGGAGACUACUUACACCAGAAGAGGCGGAGAUUUAUUCAAAGAAAGUCACGGAGAGCGAGGGAUUUGAUGUUGUAGAUCUUCCUGAUAAUAUAGAUUCCUAUGGUCUAAUUAGACCUGUUAAGCAAUCAAACGAGGAGGACCGUAUUUUAGAAGAAUGUGCAAAGUCAGCUAUUGUCACAUUCAACAAAGAACACAAAACAGAGUACAGGUUUGUGAACGUAAUCAAGGCAAACUACCACCCUGCCUCUGGUAUCUAUUAUUACAUUACCUUUGAGGCCGAGCAUGAAGAUGUCGGUUCUAAGAAUUUCCAAGCUUUUGUGCGGUUUUUUUUGGAAACGCCAACUGUCGAGUUUUGUAGGAUUGAAGAACCACCCAAAGAAUGGGUGAAGUCCAAUUUCAAGUACGCGAUGAUAGAAGAAGACCCUAACAAGCCUAAGAAGCCUUCCCCUGCCAAUUUCUGGUUCCUGACUUGCAUAAGGCAACAAUCUAUUCGUUAUAUUAGGGAGGAUUUCAGAAAGACAUACAAAGAGAAGUAUCCUAACGCGUCGGAUAGUGAUGUUGGUCGGGCUGCUGCAAGGAAGUGGGCAUCCAUCUCUGGAGCUAAAAAAGCACCCUAUGAGAAAAUAGCUGAGGAAAAGAUGGUGGAAUACCGCAAAAACCGCGAGGCUUACAAGAAGGGAUUGGUAUGAUUCUAGUUGAGGAAGAAGAAUCUGACUAGUUGAGGUCCAAAGUGAAUGAUGAGGAUGAGGACGAUGAGAGGGUGGUGGGGCUUUAGGGCAUAUUUGGUUUUUUUUAUCAUUGUGAAAGUUGAAUUUUGUGUACUGUACUUGGACUUCGUGAAUGAAUAACGUUUGAUUGA